AUGGUCCAAAAUCUGUACCAUGAACCCUUGCUCGCGAGUUUCGUCGCCAUCCAGGACACGUUAAGAAAUGGGACCAGCACCUCAAGCACUGUGUCCAAUCCAGCCUCGGAUACGUUGAGAUCGCUACAUUCGUCCUCAACCCCAACUCCACCUGUGACCCACGAAGACGGGCAAGUCUUUCUGCCUGAUUCCAAAGAAAAUUCAAUGUCAACUUUGGGACACAAGAGUCAAAUUCAACUAUCUUACCAGGACUGCAGCACCAAGCAGUGGAACAAUUCCUUGGUCAAAAGCGCAAGUGCCAUUGUAGACAACGUUAUGAAUGACAAGGAGAAUUCGGUGGACGCCCUUGGCUGCCCGGCCGCAAAUUUCUCCAGAUAUGCAUAUCUCGCUCAAACAACACCACACGAGUCAAGACCCAAGUACUUCUUUGCACUCGACCUCUUUCAAUCAAUCCAAAUCCUCGAGCAAUUGCUGCUCUCUAUCGUCGAGGCCAUCAAAAUUCUUGGGCCGGAGAAUUGUGUUUUGUCAAUUGUUGAAGGGAGGUCUACUGACGGAACGUUUGAAACUCUUCAGACCCUGCAAAAAGAAAUCGAGAAAAUUGGGGUUCAGUACCGAUUACAAUGCGUUGACAUAGAACCAACGAGCCCAGAUGGCGACCGAAUACUCGCACUAGCUCUGCUCCGAAAUUCAGCACUACUCCCCUUACUUGCACAUCCGAAGGACUAUGCUCCUGAGACAAGAAUCAUUUUCCUCAACGAUGUCGCCCUAUGUGCCGAGGACAUCUUGGAACUGAUACAUCAGGGCGCUGUGCUCAAUGCUGAUGUGACUUGUGCUUUUGACUGGUGGGAAGAGUUUUUCUAUGAUAUCUGGAUCGGCCGUACAAUGGUUGGUGAUCUCUUCUUCGAAAUUCCGCAAAGUCAUUCAUGGGAUUUCGCCCGUAACUUAUUCUGGAACCAUGAACCAAGCCGCAAAAGCUAUAAGGAAGGUCGACCUUUUCAAGUUUUCUCCUGUUGGAAUGGUGCACUAACAAUCACUGGGAAGCCUUUCAUGGAGGGCAAAAUCAAAUUCAGGUCAAGUAUGGAAGGGGAAUGUCGUCUGGGAGAACCAGUCCAUCUGGCAAAGGAUCUCUGGAAUCUCGGAUAUGGAAAAAUAGCAGUCGUACCCAGUGUCAAUGUUGCGUAUACACUGGACAAUACUGUUCGGGUUAAAGAAGACCACGGAACUGUUUCGCACUGGGUUGAGCGAGAAGAAGGAAACGCUCACAAGAUUGAUUGGAUUAAACAUCCACCACCACAAAUCAAGUGCUUCGUUGAUUGGAGUCACCCAUCGUGGGAACCAUGGAAUGCAGGUCUAAAUCAAUCGACGGGAUCGGAAAUUGGGUGA